CUUAGCUAUUUCUCGAUCCUUAAGAUAAUCAACAUGGCGGCUGUGGCAACCAGCAGUACGGAUCUUCCCGUCAUUGACAUAUCCUCUCCCUCACCAGAGACCGCAAGAGACAUUCUUGACGCCGCGUCAACAUUCGGCUUUGUCUUCGUCAAGAACCAUGAUAUCGGCGUACCUCCAGCAGAUAUACAGGCUAUGUUUGACCUAUCGCGCACAUUCUUCCAAUCGCCAACGGAAGUGAAAGCAACAUGCUCUAUCAACUCGAGCACGUCAGGGAAGAAUCGAGGAUGGCUGUCAAUGCAUACUGAGACACUCGAUCCAGCACAUCAGCAGAGAGGAGACUUCAAAGAAGCCUUCAAUAUCGGCGAGUUCAGCAGCGGUAAAGCCAACCAGCCACUUCCGGCACCUCUCGUAGAAGGAGAAUAUCGGAUCUCUCAAUUCAUUGAUCAGUGCCACGAUCUAUGCAAUAAGAUCAUGGACCUCUUUGCUGCCGGCCUGGAAAUUCCUUCUGCGGAGGGUGGGGAUAAGUGGUUCUCUGACCGACACGACAAAACCAAAGGGCCGUCUGGAAGUAUAUUGCGUUUGUUAUACUACCCCUCCGUGCCAUCGCCACCGGAACAGACCGAUAUCCGAGCAGGCGCCCACUCAGAUUACGGAAGCGUUACGCUCCUCUUCCAGCUUCCAUCUCAGCCUGGCUUGGAAAUUCUCACUACGUCAAACGAAUGGGCACCUGUUCCCGUGAAUCCAACUUCCGAUCCCAAUCCACCUAUACUUGUCAAUAUCGGAGAUGCACUCUCUUAUUGGACGAAUGGACUUCUGAGAAGCACUGUCCAUCGCGUCAUCUUCCCUCAGCCAGAGGAAGGCAAAUCUAGCGAAGACCGGUACAGUAUCGCGUACUUUUGCCAUCCUCUUGAUGAAGCUCGCUUGGUGCCUGUGCCUAGUGAGAAAGUGAAAGGGUUUCAUAGCGCAGAAGGCGAGAAUCAGAAGCGCAAAGUUGGCUACGGAGGCGGUACGGGAGAUGCGGACGAGGCUAUCACGGCACGAGAUCAUUUGAACCGAAGGCUAGCGGCAACGUACGAUCUUAGCGAUGUGAAAGCUGAAUAGACAUGCAAAUAGAUAGGUAAUCACGAGCUACGACAAGUACAAAUACCCUCAAGUUGCCUCCACUACUCU